GGUUUUGAUAGUUUCGCUGUUACUUCCAGCGUGCGCCAACAUCGGACUUCAAACUAAAUCCUCAUUGCACGCCGUGCUCAGCAGGGGCACAGACUUUUGCCGUCCUACUUGAUUUGCUCACAAUUCUGUAUCUAACACUUUAAGUUUACUGGGCCAUAACAUCGAAUCCCGAACUUCGUGGUCGUGUGGCUGUCCUCGCCAGGCACGAAUUUAUUGCCGCUCCCAGUCCCCAAACGAGCUCCUCCUUACAAAUAAACAGAUCCUAUUCGGAUAGCUUGUCAAUUUAAGCACCAGGAAGUGCUGUAUGCCUUCGACAGCAACCAGUUAAACACUGUCAACCUAGGAAGCGCACCAGCGCGAGCAGCGCGCACGCUAGGAACUACGCAUCUGCAAAAUGGCUGCCGCGAUGGAGGAGAUGCACGCGCAGGAGGUUGUCGAGGGCGAGGAGGCAGCCGGAUUCUGCGGUCCGAUGACCGUGGAGAACCUUCAAGCGCACGGCGUGGCCGCUGCGGACAUCAAGAAACUAAAGGAGGGAGGCAUCCACACCGUUGAGGCCCUUGCAUUCAUGCCAAAGAAACAGCUAUCAGAGAUUAAAGGCCUCAGUGAGGCCAAGAUCGAUAAGAUGCAGCUUGUAGCCUUCAAGAUGGUGCCCAUGGGCUUCACGACGGCUGCGGCGGUCGCGGAGCAGCGCAAGGAGGUCAUCAGCAUCACCACCGGGUGCAAGGAGCUCGACACCAUUCUAGAAGGCGGCAUCGAGACGGGCAGCAUCACGGAAAUCUAUGGGGAGUACCGCUGCGGCAAGACGCAGCUGUGCCACACACUGUGUGUGACGUGCCAGCUGCCAGUGGAGAUGGGCGGCGGCGAGGGCAAGGCCAUGUACAUCGACACGGAGGGCACCUUCCGCCCGCAGCGCCUGUCGCAGAUCGCCGAGCGGUAUGGCCUGGCGCCCGAGGACGUGCUGAACAACGUCGCGUACGCACGUGCCCACAACACGGAGCACCAGAUGCGGCUGCUGCAGGAGGCUGCGGGCAUGAUGGCGGACUCCCGCUUCAGCCUGGUGGUUGUGGACAGCGCCACAGCCCUGUACCGCACAGAAUUCAAUGGCCGCGGCGAGCUGAGCAUUCGGCAGAUCCUCCUGGGCAGGUUCCUGCGCGCGCUCCAAAACAUCGCGGACGAGUAUGGUGUGGCGGUGGUGGUGACCAAUCAGGUGGUGGCCAACCCCGACGGCGCCGGCGCCAUGUUCGCGGGGCCGCAGACCAAGCCCAUCGGCGGCAACAUCAUGGCGCACGCCACCACCACCCGGCUAUCCGUACGCAAGGGCCGCGGCGAGAACCGUGUGGUCAAGAUCAUCGCCAGCCCCUCGCUGCCGGAGCGCGAGGCCAACUUCGCCAUCGGGCAGGAGGGAGUCACGGAUGCCAAGGACUGAGGCGGUUGCGCUUCUGUUGGCGGUGGUCAGGCUGUUGGUCGUGGUGGUGGUGAGGGCGAGCCAUAGGGCGCGGGCGCGACGGUGAGCAUUCUAGUGAAAGAUGGAGAGGUGGGGAGACGUGGGGAGAGGAUGCUGCGCAAGGAUGGGCGCGGUGGGUGGCCGAGCCAAGAGAUGGGAGGUGGUGGAUGCAAGUAGUACGGUAUGGGCAGAAAGCAGGUGUAGGGCCACCGGGCACGUCACAUACAACCCAAACUGGGUUAGGCGCGCGGUGCAAAGUAUUGAAGUGUGUGUUCUCGUACUGGAUUGGCAUGGGCGGCGUUAUGAAGUGCAGGUGUCGAGUCGCGGUAGGACUGUAUACAAGACAGCGCGGAUGCAAGCUGCGCCUGGCGGGAGCUACGGCGCCUGACAUGGGCGCACAAUUAAGCUCAGAGGCACAUGA